UGCACGCGCUGGUACCUGCCGCUAUUGCUUCUGCCCUUCCCCAUUGCAUCACCAUUCUACCUCAUACUCUGGAUAUUCUCGAUCACCAUGCAUGCGCGACCAUGCUUCUACUGCAUGGCGCUGCUGUCCACCAUGUACAUCUCGCUUUGCUACUGGCCUCCAGUACCCAUUGACACGCCGCUCGUACGACCAUGGGCAGUAAACAUCACCACCUUUGCGGACGCGUUACGGUACAGAAUGCCAGACCUCCCCCUCGAGAAGAUACCCUCCAUGAUCCCCAUCGAGGAACACUGCUGGUGCGACAUCUCCAACGGUGCUUUCACGCCCGCGAACUUGACCAAGUGGGAGGAAGCGAGCGUCAACCGGCUGGCAGAGAACCUAGAAAGUGUCAUGGCCACGGAGAAGGAGGCGGAGAGAAGGCGGCAGUGCGAGGGCACGGACGGGGAGGCCGGGACGAACGGUACGAGCUGCGACCACGAACUGCAGAACACUCCAUCCCGCAAACGGCGUCGGAGAAGAUUCCCCAUCCUGAAUCUCCUCGAACUCCUCGGCCCUUCUCCAUUUCACAAAACUUCCCCAAGGCCGGCGAACGACACCAUUCCAUCACCACAGGAACGAGAGGAGACUUCGAAUUCUCAACAAGCUUCCGUACGGCUACCGUGGUUCCGACGCGAAUACGAUCUUCGCAGUUUCGGCUUCGCGAUGGUGCUGGACUUCGGAUGGCCGGGCUCCCAAUCAUGA